AUGGGGAGUCUAGGAGCCCCCCAGCCCAGCUCUCCCGAAAAGAAAUUCGCCACGUCCUUGACCGACUACUCAACAACCCACUCAUCCAAGACGGGCCCCUACGCCGAGAACCUCGACAUCGAUGCCCUGAUCGUCGGCGCCGGUUUCGCCGGCAUCUUCAUGCUCAAAACCCUCCGCGACCGCGGCCUGCGCACAACAAUCUACGAAGCCGGCAACGACACCGGCGGCACCUGGCGCUGGAACUGCUACCCGGGCGCGGCUGUCGACUCCGAAGUCCCCGAGUACGAGUUCAGUUGGCCCGAGGUGUACGAGACCUGGAACUGGAAGAGCAAUUACCCGACGUACCAGGAGCUCAGGGAGUACUUUGACCACGUGGACAAGGUUAUCGGCGUGAAGAAGGACUGCGCGUUUAACACGGUUGUCGUGGGGGCGGAGUUUGACGUUAAAGCCGGGAAAUGGAGUGUGCGGACUGCGGAUGGGCGCGUCGCGAAGGCGAGGUUCCUUGUCCUUGGGACUGGAUUCGCCGCAAAACGCUGGAUCCCCCCCUGGCCCGGCCUGUCCAAAUACCGCGGCGUCAUCCACCACAGCUCAUUCUGGCCCGACGCCGAAAUCCCCGUGCGGUCCAAAAGAUGCGCCGUGAUCGGAACCGGCGCGUCCGGCGUCCAGAUAACCCAAGCCUGGGGCCCGCUCGCCUCGCACCUCAAAGUCUUCCAGCGGACGCCCAACCUCGCCCUCCCCAUGCAGCGCCGCCCCCUGAGCAUCGAAGACCAAGUCCUCCGCAAACGAUUCUACCCGGAGCUCUUCCGGUACCGCGAGACGUCCUUCGCGGGAUUUCUAUACGACUGGGCGGAGAAGAAUACGUUCGAUGACAGCGCCGCGGAGCGUGAACAAGUCUAUGAAAAGGCGUGGGCUGAGGGGGGCUUCCAUUUCUGGGUGUCGAUUUACAAGGAUAAUCUUUUUGACGCGGAGGCAAAUAAAGAGAGCUACAAGUUCUGGGCGAAGAAGGUGCGCAGCCGGAUUGGGGACCCGGAACUCCGCGAGAAGCUGGCGCCGAAGCUGGAGGAAAUGCCGCAUUAUUUUGGUGUCAAAAGGCCUUGUCUUGAGACGGACUACUAUGAGCAGUUUAAUCGGGAGAGUGUGGAGCUUGUGGAUAUCAAGAGUAAUCCGAUCAGCCAUUUUACGGAGCGCGGGAUUGUGCUUGCUGAUGGGACGGAGCAUGAGGUUGAUGUUGUCGCUGUUGCGACGGGGUUUGACGUGGUCACCGGCGUAAUGACGCAACUCGGGCUAAAAAGUAUCGACGGGACCUCGCUGGAGGAAGAAUGGGCGCCAGGUGCGCAAACCUACCUCGGCACGACCGUCUCAGGCUAUCCCAACAUGUUCCACAUCUACGGGGCCCACGGGCCAACACUGCUAUCCAACGGACCGACAACAGUCGCCGUGCAGGGCCGGUGGAUUGCGGAUACAAUCGCCAAGAUCGAGGCCAACGGCGUCAAGUACAUCAAUCCGAAGAAGGAGGCCAGCGAGGAGUGGAAGAGGCAUGUUAUUGAGCUGAACGACCGCACGCUGUUUCCGACGACGCAGUCGACGUAUAUGGGCGGGAGUAUCCCGGGGAAGGCGUAUGAGCCGGUGUGCUAUGCGGGCGGACUUCCGACGUAUGUGAAGCAGAUUCGCGAGGCGUUGGAUCAUUGGGAGGAGGGCUUUGAGGUUGUGAGGGAGGCAGCGAGGCUGUAG